CAGCGCUGGGGAAGGGUCUCCAGUGCGGGCGGGAGGGAGCCGGUCUGGGUCCCUGGGAGUGGCAGCCCGCAGGUGUGCUCCCGCCCAGGUGUCCGGACCUCUAGCUGCCUCCCCUUCCGGCACCCGGGCGAUGUCAGUUCUGCUAGGGGCCAGGACUCGUUGCGCGUCACUGAGUGUGCCUUAAUCCCUUCCUCCGUUGGUGCCUCAGUUUACCUGGGGGGAGCUGAGAGAGGAGUCUCCCUGCCGGGCCAGGGCGGUGCAAGCGAGGCGGAGGGCAGAGGUGGCUGCGGAGCCGAAGCGGGAGUGGGAGCCAGAGCCGGGGCCGGGGCCGGGCCGCCGCACCGCGCUGCACCAUGGCGCCCACCCUGGCCACUGCCCAUCGGCGCCGCUGGUGGAUGGCCUGCACCGCCGUGUUGGAAAACCUCCUCUUCUCGGCAGUUCUCCUGGGCUGGGGCUCGCUGCUGAUCAUGCUCAAGUCGGAGGGCUUUUACUCCUACCUGUGUACUGAGCCAGAGAACAUCUCCAAUGCCACGACUGGGGGCACCGCAGUGCCUGAGCACGAGGAGGUCAGCUGGAUGAAUGGCUGGCUCAGCUGCAAGGCCCAGGAUGAGAUUCUAAACUUGGCCUUCACCGUGGGCUCCUUCCUGCUCAGUGCCAUCACGCUGCCCCUGGGCAUCGUCAUGGACAAGUAUGGCCCAAGGAAGCUCAGGCUGCUGGGCAGCGCCUGCUUUGCUGUCUCCUGCUUGCUGAUUGCCUAUGGAGCCAGUAACCCCGACUCUCUCUCUGUGCUCAUCUUCAUCGCCCUGGCUCUGAACGGCUUCGGUGGGAUGUGCAUGACCUUCACCUCGCUGACGCUGCCCAACAUGUUCGGCGACCUUCGUUCCACGUUUAUCGCCUUGAUGAUAGGCUCCUAUGCCUCCUCGGCCGUCACCUUCCCGGGAAUCAAGCUCAUCUACGACUCCGGAGCUUCCUUCAUCAUCAUCCUCGUGGUCUGGGCUGGCUGCUCCGGGCUGGUUUUCCUCAACUGCUUCUUUAACUGGCCUCUGGAGCCCUUCCCGGGCCCGGAGGACAUGGACUACACGGUGAAGAUCAAGUUCAGCUGGCUGGGCUUCGACCACAAGAUCACAGGGAAACAGUUCUACAAGCAGGUGACCACGGUGGGGCGCCGGCUGAGCGUGGGCAGCUCCAUGAGGAGCGCCAAGGAGCAGGCAGCACUGCAGGAGGGCCACCAGCUGUGCCUGUCCACCGUGGACCUGGAGGUGAAGUGCAAGCCGGACGCCGCAGCGGCCCCCUCGUUCAUGCACAGCGUGUUCAGCCCCAUCCUGCUGCUCAGCCUGGUCACCAUGUGCGUCACUCAGCUACGGCUCAUCUUCUACAUGGGUGCCAUGAACAGCAUCCUCGAGUUCCUGGUCAGCAGCAAUCAGAAGACAGAUGCAGUGAUGGCCACAGUGGCCCUCUACACAUCCAUCUUCGGCGUGCUGCAGCUGCUCUGCCUGGUCACUGCCCCGGUCAUUGGCUACAUCAUGGACUGGAGGCUGAAGGAGUGUGAGGACGGCUCCGAGGAGCCCGAGGAGAAGGACGCCAACCAAGGUGAGAAGAAGAAGAAGAAGCGGGACCGGCAGAUCCAGAAGAUCACCAAUGCCACGCGGGCCUUUGCCUUCACCAACCUGCUGCUCGUGGGCUUCGGGGUGACCUGCCUCAUCCCCAACCUGCCGCUGCAGAUCUUCUCCUUCAUCCUGCACACGAUCGUGCGAGGCUUCAUCCACUCUGCCGUCGGGGGCCUGUAUGCUGCCGUGUACCCCUCCACUCAGUUCGGCAGCCUCACGGGCCUGCAGUCUCUGAUCAGCGCGCUCUUUGCCCUCCUGCAGCAGCCGCUGUUUUUGGCCAUGAUGGGUCCCCUGCAGGGAGACCCUCUGUGGGUGAAUGUGGGGCUGCUGGUGGUGAGCAUGCUGGGCUUCUGCCUGCCCCUCUACCUGGUCUACUACCGGCGCCAGCUGGAGCGGCAGCUGCGGCAGAAGCAGGAGGAUGACAAGCUCUUCCUCAAGAUCAACGGCUCCUCCAACCGAGAGGCCUUCGUGUAGCCACCGCCGCCGUCAGACAGAGCCGCCCUUGGCCCUCCCUGCUGCCGGCCCACGACCCAGGAUGCUCUCCCUCACCAUGGCGGCACCCACGCUCCCGCCCAGGCCCUGGGCCUGCAGUGAGGAGCCUGAGAGUGCUCAGGACUGCGGUCCUCCACUGCCGGAGGGGCCCCCGGGGGCUGAGGCCUUGGGGCUCGCGUGCUGUCUGUGGGCAGGUGUUCGCCCUCCAGAGUCUGGACUCUGCCUCCUGCCAAAGCAGAGGAGUCCGCCAUCCACUGCCCGCCACCUGCUCCUCGGCCGCAUGCCCACCAGCCACACCCGCAGAGGACAAAGCUUGCUCUGUCUGCACCCCCUUGCCUGGCCCUCUCCUCCUCCCCUGGCCAGUCUGAAGCUGCCUAAGGAAGGAAGGACCCGCUUCCUGUUGUUGGUGCUAACUCCAUUGUGAUUCCAGGCCCCUGUGGCCUGGACACACAGGGCCUGGCCUCCCAUUCAAGGCCAGCGGGGCAGCCCCCAGCACACAGGCUGGGGAGGGGGCGGAGGGCGGGAGAUCACACAGAGCCUCAGCAGCUGGGGACAGAACCUCCUGGUUUUCCCUAAGCUCCCCCUCGUGUCCUGGGGAGGGGAAGACGUUUCCACUGCCACCCCCAGUCCAGUCUGCAGCGUACGUGAGAUAAAGGCUGUGCCUUAGCCCCCUCCCCACAGCUAUUUUGGUGGGAUGGGAGUAAGGCUGUGGCUCCCAGAUGCAGAGAUGUGGGUGAGCAGGUUUGGGAGGGGCAGAGGGGAGUGUGUGCAUGUGUGUAUGUAUGUGGUGUGCGUGAGACGGGGAUGGGGUAAAAGGGGUGGGCUCUGGGUAUCUCCCAGACAGGAGCCAGCCAGGCCUGCAGCAGGCCCACUUGGGGAGCCAAGCCUUGCUCAAGGCCUGGACUCAUUCAGGGUCACAGCGCCCCCUGCUGGUAGAUGGCGCCAGCACCAGGAGCUGUUUCCAUGGGAGAGGCGAGGCCUGCCAGGCUCUCAGCAACCCACCCCCUUUGCCUGCCCCAGAAAUGUCCCAGACCUCUUGGGGCGCUGAGAGGGCUGGGUUGGUUUUCAGGUUUUUAGUUGUUUUUCUCUGGGUUUUAUCACCUUUUUUUUUUUUUAUAAAGCAAUAAACCCAUUUUGCUCCUAGUGAGGGAUGCCCCUCCUAGCGCGUCAGUACACGGCCCCAUGAGCCUGUUUGGAGGUGGAGAAGGAAGGCAGGAUGAGAUGGGCUGCCGCUGCCAAGCCCCAGCCCAAACAGCUGCUCACGUCUCGGGGUGGCAGCCACCUGGGGAGAGGCCUCGCUCUCAUACCGCCGAAUGCAGUGGACCCGUGCAGGCUCCAGAAGUGCGCCCCCCCCACCACCACCACCAUUUACCCCAGCCCCUUCCAUCUCCUGCACAUGUGACCUGUGGCCGUCCCACAACCCUGAGCUCAGGACGGAGGGCGACACCAGGAGAGCCGCGGGCUAGGGAGCAGAGCAGUGUGGAUGCGGCAGGGUCGACAGAGUGCGAGGGGCGGCCCACACAGCUCUGCGGGAACAGUUAAGCACCUUUUGCCCACAGAACCUCCGAGGCUUCAGGCUGCUCACAUGUUAACAGUCAAAACCGGGAAGAGCGAGAUGCGCAUCUCCCGCUAGUUCUGUGAUAUGGUGAUGGUUAUUCUGGGGGGUGGGGAGGAAACAGGUUCUGUCCUCGGGUCUGGGAGAUGCUGAGUUCCAUCAAGCCUGUUCUCACAGUAAGCACUUGCAGCGCUGUGCCCACGCUCGCCAACUUUGAGGCUCUGGGUGCUGCCGAAGCUCCCAGGAUGCUGGCUGACCGUGUGGAGUCCUGCCUUGCCUCCGGCCGUGAUUCCCUCUUCCCAGGGCUUGAAACCCACUGGGAGGAAGAAGAGGACAGGGUUCCUUCUAAGUUGAAACAAGUGUCAAGGUUGGGCAGGUGUGGCCUGUGCGUGCCCAGCAGUGCCCAGGCCAGGCCAGAGUGGGAGCUGCCAGGUGUCGCCCUCUGUGGGAAGGCACAGGCACUGAGGAACUAGAAUUGAGGGCGGAACACAGGCCAGGCCAGCGGUGCGUGGGAUCAGAAGCACCAAAUGGAAGCAGGUACAGAGGCUGGGGCCAGCAGGUGGGGAGGCUGCUGCUACCAGCACCCCCGGUCGGGGCCGGGGCUUCUGCCCUGUGUAGAGUUGACAGGUCCUGUUACGUGGAGUUGUGACAAUACUCCAGUAGACACUGUCCUGCCUAUUCUGCAGUCGGCAAGCUUGAGGCCCAGAGAGGUGGAGCAGCUUGCUCACGGCUAGGGGCAGGACCCACGUGGGGGUCUUCCACUGAAGCACGCAGGACCCUCCAGACCAGGUGCACUCAGGCUGCCGGCCUCUGGGUCAGGGUGGCCCCAGCCCCAGGAGCCAAGAGCAUCCUCAGGAAUGAGGCGAGCUCUGCUGGGUAGAAUCAGGCCUGAUGGGCCCUUGGAAGAGCGAUUCCUGGAAGGAGAAGUGACCACGGCUGGUGGUGGGCGCUGGACACAGUGGCCACUGCCUACCCCCCACCCUCACCCUCCGUCGUGCAGGCUCCUGAUGGGAAGGCGCAGGAAGCACUGUGGGUCCCAUGGUUCUGAGCAGGGUGUGGGGGCUGGGCUGGCCUCGGGGACACCACCAGGAGGCCACUUCAGUCUUUCACCAUGAGAGUCUCGACAUUCCUUGGUGCUUGGCUUCCUCCAAACCCUCUGGGCUUUGGCCACAGCCCAGGUCUCCCAAGGACCAGAGAUAAAGCCGCAGGCUGGGUCACGGAUCUCCUAACCUCCAUCUCUGCCCCUCUCGCACCCAGCAGCAUCCUGCUCAGAACUGCUGGAGCUCCUCGGCCCCUCCUUAUAGUGGUCUGGGCUGUGCAGGGUGAGGAGGGCAUCAUAAGAUCCCAGGCCCCGAGGGCACUACAGGCGGGGGCUCCCAGUAUCGACAUCAUAUGUGUGUCCAUCCCAGACCGGGACACAGGCAUAUUCACACAGAGGGGUGUUGAUGCACGCCAGCCUGUGUAAGUGGGGCGGGGAGAAGCUGUAGGCCAGGCACCAAGAGGGGGCUCCCGCCACGGAGCUCUGGCAACUCUCCCCAGGAGAUUCGGCUCCAGGGGCCCUUUGAGCCGCAGCUGCCUUCUCCCGAAGUGUAAUGGGAUGGAUCUCAUGGCUCCUGGGGCAGUGAGGUGCCCUAUCUGUGCCAGACCGGGAGCCCACCUCGAGGGUGGUGGCCAUGGGGUUCAGAGGUCAGGUCCCCCAAAGUAAGGGGAUUCGUUAUACACGGGCUGCAGCCGUCCCCCAUGGUGCGAGGUCAGGGCAGGCAGGUGGGCUCGGGCCCCUCUUCCACCCACGCUCACACCCUGGGCUUAGCACAGGGCUCCCGAGUGUCCUGAGGAGCUGUGGCAUUGCCCUACCAGCAUGGAGCCACUGGCAGCUCCCAGGUGGCCACCUUCCCAGAGGGAGGCUGCGUCUCCACAUGCCGAGGAGGAAGUCAGAGGCCCCCCGCAUGCUCUCUCGACCUGAAGCCAGUCUGGAGCCUUGGUUUUCUCAGCUGUAAAGUGGAGGCAGCAAUACCCUCCCAGUGCAGCCAAGAGCACAAGUAGGCGAUGCAUCUGCGCUGUGCCGGGCUUGGCACCUAACACCCCAGGCGAGUGCAGACAGCCCACGCAACACGACCAGGUCAAGUGAGGCUUGUAGCCCCUGCCCUGUCCUCACAGAAUGCCUCUUUAAGCAAAGCCUUAAGGUGUUGCUCCUUUGUUCAUAUUUCUUUGAUGUUUUAUUCAUAUUUUCAUAAGAUACUUGGCCAAAAAGUGUCUCAAGAGAACGUAUGAGUGGUAUAGCCAGGUUUCUAUUGAGUGGGGCGGCUUCAGUCAGUCUCCAUGCCUCCCGCUUGUGGAAAUGCUUGGGGGUGCCGCUCCCUGUGUGUGUGUGCAUGUGUGCAGGAGGGUCCAGGGGCUCGUCUGUGCCUGUUUGCCCGGAGGGAGAAGGAGGAAACCAUCCUGCCUCAUUGAAUCCCUUUCUGUUCUAGAAAGAACAGCCGGGCCCUCAGAGUGGUGCCUGAAGUUUCCGUCUGUCCCGUGUCCAUCAGGCCAGUACAGGGUCACUGACAGCUCAGCCGAUGACCCUGACUCUCCCCCGCCCUUUUGCUAUUUCUAGCACCUGGCUUACUCCCUGGCACACAGGAAGCACGCAAUAAAUGUACGCUGAGAAU